AUGAAUUCCGUAAACUGCAAAUACAGAAAACAGUCCUUAAUGAACCUCCCAUCAGAAAUUUUGGUUGAGAUUCUGUCUAGGCUCCCUGCCAGAGCCGUAUUCCGAUGCAAAUGCGUGUGCAAAACCUGGCUCGAGAUAUUAUCUGACCCUCAAUUUGUAGCCUUGCAUUUGGCCAUUGCUCGUGCUCGUCCAGGCCUCGUUGUCCAUCAAAUUGAAAUGUUCAAGAAUUACUUGAAGUUAGUGGAUUUUGAAGAUAAGAUUGAUCGCCACGAUCUUGAUCAAGAUUCACUUGUGAAAUUUGAUCUCAAGAGGCUGAGUGAAUCCACAGAUGCAAAUAUAGUUCUCGAUGGCUCUGUUAAUGGCCUGUUGUGCUUGAGGGAUACAAAUUACGAACACGAAACUGUUUACGUUUGUAAUCCCAUUACGAGGGAAUAUAUAAGGCUCCCGGAUCCUGAGGGAGUCGUUCGGUGUCAUAGCAUAGUCACGUAUGGAUUCGGGGUAAGCAGAGUAGCUGGUGAAUACAAAGUGGUUCGAGUUUGUCACGACCAGGUUCUUGACCCGAUUAGCCAAGCAUGCAUAAGAAUUCCGCGGUCCGAAUGUCAGGUUUACACUCUAGGAACUCGAUCGUGGAGAACUAUUAAUGAAAAUAUGCUGAAUUUUGCGUAUGGUGGCCGCUGUCGUUCUGUUGGGUUGUUUUUCAACGGGAAUGUUCAUUGGUUGAUUCAAGAUUUAACAGAAGAGACUCAUGAAUUAAUUUCAUGUUUUGAUCUUGAGAAGGAAGCGUUUCGACCAUUCCCAUCUCCAUUUCUAGGCAGGCGAGGACUUCUGGUGAGUCUCGGAGUUUUACAGGAUCGACUGUGUUUAUGCGAUAAUACUUCGUUUUUAGAGAUUAACAUCUGGGUUAUGAAAGAAUAUGGAGUGGAGAAAUCGUGGACUCGAGAAUUUGUCCUCGGAAAAAUGACAGAGCUAAUUGGACCAACAUUAGAAGUAGUUUAUCCAUUGAAGGUUUUUAUGGAUGGUGUUAUUACGGUGUUAUGGGGUGACUUCUUUAUGCUGUAUUGUCGCAAUAAGAGUAACUUCGGGCAAGAGGUCGAUAUGGAACAAUCAAGAGCGCCUAAUAGAAUCGAGGCAAUGCUUCAUAUUGCAACUAUACAGAAUUUAAGGAUGCAUGCUCUAUAA